UUACGUUCCAGUUGUUGUUUUCGUAGAUUUUAUUCAUUUUUGGGCACUCUGUGUAGAUGACGUGCCAUCGAUCCAACCCUAUUUGGUCAAGAUGUGAGCGGUCGUGAUGCAUUGACCAAAAAGGAGCGAACGGCGGUCAUUGCAGCACAGGAUUUAUCCUUUUAGCAUCAGAUGAUCAGAUCAGAUGCCGAAAUCGUAAGCGGCUGUCAAGCGAAGCAGUAGACAAGGGUCCGAAGCGUCGAAUCGAAGCUUCCGGAAUUCAAUCAUCCAAUUGGCAGUUAGGGCCCGUCGACAUCUGUUACCUGGAACCCCUGUACCAUUUACUAUGGCGGAGCACUUGGCUUCCAUCUUCGGCACAGAGAAGGACCGCGUCAACUGCCCCUUCUAUUUCAAGAUCGGCGCUUGCCGCCACGGUGACCGCUGCUCUCGCCUGCACAACCGCCCGACCAUCAGUCCCACGCUGCUGCUGUCCAACAUGUACCAGCGGCCCGACAUGAUCACCCCCGGCGUCGACUCCCAGGGCCAGCCCCUCGACCCGCGCAAGAUCCAAGAGCAUUUCGAGGACUUCUACGAGGACAUCUUCGAGGAGCUCACCAAGUUCGGCGAGAUCGAGAGCCUCAACGUCUGCGACAACCUCGCCGAUCACAUGAUCGGCAACGUAUAUGUCCAGUUCAAGGAGGAGGAUCAGGCCGCCGCCGCUCUUCAGGCGCUGCAGGGCCGCUUCUACAAUGGUCGCCCCAUAAUCGCUGACUUCUCGCCGGUGACCGACUUUCGCGAAGCCACGUGCCGCCAGUUCGAGGAGAACAGCUGCAACCGAGGGGGAUAUUGUAAUUUCAUGCACGUCAAGCUGAUUGGGAGGGAGCUCAGGAGGAGGCUCUUCGGGAGAUACCGGGGCUACAGAAUAAGCCGGAGCCGGAGCCGGAGUUUGAGCCCAAGGCAUCGGAGCAGGGACUACGAUAAGUACGAUAAGAGAGAGAGGGACUAUCGGGACCGUGAUUAUCGCGGGAAUGGGCGACGGAGCAAGGACAGGUACGACAGGGACCGUGACAGAGACGGUGGUAGGAGAAGACACGGCAGCAGUCCGAGGCGGAGCAGAAGCAGGAGCCCCGUGGCGGUGAGGGAAGGCAGCGAGGAACGGCGAGCGAGGAUUGAGCAGUGGAAUCGAGAAAGGGAGGAGAAGCAGUGAGUGAUAUGAAAGCGCAUUGGCAUUGGGAUUUUUCAUUUGGAUUGGUUGAUUUGAUGGCUAGUAGUGGUGCGUAAAACACUUGUUUGUGGAGACACUAGUUUUGAUGAAUUCCACUGCGAAUGCAGUACGUAUAUCACACAGCUAGGUGGUUAUUUUGUUGUUUUUUUUUUCCCUUUCUAAUUUUACAGGACAUUGCUAUUUAGUUUAUAGCAUCCCGUUCGUUAUAGAUUCGUAGGUUGGGGGUUUGUUCUAUGAUCUACCAAUCAUAAGUUGAGAAGAAGCUGGGUUCAGUGAUGAAUCUAAAUUGGAUUCUCAGCACACCGAUGAUAUGGUGGGAUAGGUUAGCAUUUGUAUUCUUUCUUUGUUAGAGUAUCAUUUGUGUAUCACUUUCUGGCUAGAAAGCAUUGGUCCUGCUAUUUUUAAUGCCGUGUGGAUGUGUAGGUGUCCAGGUACAUGGAUUUCAGUACUUAACAGACUGAGAGCAUCGUUCAGAUUUCCUCUCCUGAUGUUAUGCUCAAGUCAGAUUUUUCA